CAUAUCGCUGGUAGUCCAGUUGUGGAACACACAACCAAUUUUCCUGGGACGUGCUGUUGGUAGAAGAUUCAAGUAUUGACGGGUCUGACAAAAUGGUCGUUAAAUCCAUGAAAAUGUCAACAGGAUUAACUGAAUUGCAACAGGUUCUACUUGAUGCGUUGCUGGAAUCAAAUGUGAGCAAAGAUGCACUUUUAGUGUCGAUUUCGAACUAUUUUGACAAAUUUGAGGACGAUUAUGCAACGGAGUCCAAAAUCAUCCCCGAUGAUUUCAAAACGGAAGAAAGAUACAUUGAUAUGGACGCGGGAUAUGAGGACAAAAUGACAAAUAAGUCAACAUUUAUAACAGAUACUAAGAUCGAUUCGGAUGAUUCGUUCGAAAACAAAUCUAAAGAUGAUACUGUUGAUGUGGAAGGAGAUGAUGAAGAGGAAGAAGACGAUGAAGAUGAGGAGGACGACUAUACUUUGCAGUCAGUUGACAGUUCUCUCGAUCAUCAAGUUACAUUAAAGGAUCAACUAUUGAGGGAGGAUCCAUGGAGGGUUGCUAAAGUGAUCAAACAUUAUAUGCAGCAACACAACAUCCCUCAGCGCGAGGUGGUAGAUAUCACCGGUCUAAACCAAAGUCAUUUAUCGCAACACCUAAAUAAAGGUACACCGAUGAAGAACUCCAAACGCGCAAUGCUCUACGCUUGGUAUGAACGAAAACAAAAGGAAAUACUAACACGUAAGUAA